AUGACGGAUCAUGAGAAAUCGAGGCAGCGAGCCUGCCGCGCUUGCACUCUGGCGAAGCGCCGCUGUGAUAAGAUCCUGCCUUCAUGUCUACGGUGUGUCGACCGGGGGGUCGACUGCUCAUACCUUCCUCUCAAGCGACGACGAUACCAGCCUCCGUCUCAGCGGGAUGUACAUGCCCCGCGCUCCGAUGACCCCGCCUUGGCAGAUUCUCACGGACACGAGAGCCAUGAUCGCCUCCGGCGGUCGACCGUCAUUAGCAUAGGAGCCGACAACGAGGACUCGACAACGGAUAGUGCCGGGUUGCGGAAUCUACCCCUCGACACCUCUCUGCAUACCGAUCUCUCGAACGCACUAUCCUCUUCAUCGGUACCACCACCAGACACAUCAAUCCAGGGAGACCUGACAUGGUUCCUGCCGCUGUCGACCUGGGCUCAGGAGCCAUGCACAAUCCCGACCACGAUUCCUUCAGCUCCCGUUUUUAGCAACUUCGUCCGUGGCCUGCAGACAUGGCUCACCCGGUACUUAGUAAAAGGCCACAGUCCUUUGAUCCACCGCCACCUCUACACGGAAUCCCAGAUACCACAGGACAUGCGCGACGCUGUAGCUGCUAUAGCCCUCUCUCAGACGAGGACGCCAGAAAACGAACAUCUCACCGACUCCGUCUCCUCCGCCUACCUCUGCGCCCUACUGACACGCCACGCUGCCCAUCCACACCUCACCGGCCCCCAGCUCACUACAAUCGAGCAUCUCGCCCGCACGCAGGCCCUCCUAGCACACCUCCUCCUCGCCCUCUUCACGCCGUCGCCGCCGCGCCGCGCUGACGCCGAGGCACACCUCGGCACUCUCCUCCUCUGGACUCGGCAGUUCUGGGACUCGGCAAAGCUCGACGCCGCCCUCUGCGCCCUCGCGCCCUCCGCUCGCCCAGGAACGGCCUCCCCGGCGGGACCUCUACCGCGCCUUCGUGCUCACCGAGUCGGCGCGCCGCACGUACAUCGCCGCCAACCUCGCAGCGGGUGUUUAUCUCAUCCUGCGCUCGUCGGGGCGCCCGCACCUUCACACGUGCAUGGGAGACGUGUGCUUCACGCAGCGGGCGGGCCUUCUGGGACCCCGCGGGCGCCGCGCGGUGGGAGGUGA